AUGAGCAGCCCGGAUGCGGGGUACGCCAGUGACGACCAGAGCCAGCCCCGCAGCGCGCUGCCCGCGGUGAUGGCCGGGCUGGGCCCCUGUCCCUGGGCCGAGUCGUUGAGUCCCCUCGGGGACAUGAAGGUGAAGGGCGAGGCGGCGGCGAGCAGCGGGGCGCCGGCCGGGGCGGCGGGCCGGGCCAAGGGCGAGUCUCGCAUCCGGCGGCCGAUGAACGCCUUCAUGGUGUGGGCCAAGGACGAGCGCAAGCGCCUGGCGCAGCAGAACCCGGACCUGCACAACGCCGAGUUGAGCAAGAUGCUGGGCAAGUCGUGGAAAGCGCUGACGCUGGCGGAGAAGCGGCCCUUCGUGGAGGAGGCCGAGCGGCUGCGCGUGCAACACAUGCAGGACCACCCCAACUACAAGUACCGGCCCCGCAGGCGCAAGCAGGUGAAGCGACUCAAGCGGGUGGAGGGCGGCUUCCUGCACGGCCUCGCCGACACGCAGGCCGCCUCGCUGGGCCCGGAGGGCGGCCGCGUGGCCAUGGACGGCCUGGGCCUGCCCUUCCCCGAGCAGGGCUUCCCCGCGGGCCCGCCGCUGCUGCCGCCUCACCUGGGCGCCCACUACCGCGACUGCCAGGGACUGGGCGCGCCCCCGCUCGACGGCUACCCGCUGCCCACGCCGGACACGUCCCCGCUGGACGGCGUGGAGCCCGACCCGGCCUUCUUCGCCGCGCCGCUGCCCGGGGACUGCCCGGCGGCCGGCCCCUACAGCUACCCGCAGGCCUCGGACUACGCGGGGCCCCCCGAGCCGCCCGUCGGCCCCGUGCACUCCCGCCUCGGCCUGGAGCAGGCGGGCCCUGCCCUGCCGGGCCACGUGGCGCCCCCCAGCGCCCUGCAGCUGUACUACAACGCCCUUAGCUCGCCGGCGGCGGGCGGCGGGCGCGGCUUCCCCAUGCAGCCCCCGCAGCCCCCGCCGGGCCCCGGGCAGCCGUCGCCCCCUCCCGAGGCGCUGCCCUGCCGCGACGGCGCGGACCCGAGCCAGCCCGCCGAGCUCCUCGGGGAGGUGGACCGCACGGAAUUUGAACAGUAUCUGCACUUUGUGUGCAAGCCCGAGAUGGGGCUCCCCUACCAGGGGCCUGACUCCAGCGUGACCCUCCCAGACAGCCACGGGGCCAUCUCCUCGGUGGUUUCCGAUGCCAGCUCUGCGGUAUAUUACUGCAACUAUCCCGACGUCUGACGGCCCCCGAUCCGACCCAGCCUGCAGGCCAGAAGCGCAGUGUUACUUCCCGGAGGAGCUGAGGACACCCUCGGCCUCACGUUGUUCUGUUUUGUUUCUAAGUUGCCUAGGCACGUAAUUUAUGGUAAUUUA